AUGUCCCAUACCGUUGCCGUCCGUCCUAUUAUCUCUCGAUCCUUGGAAGAAGCUAAAGUGAGAGCCAGGAUCCUAUAUCGCGCUUGGUAUCGCCAAAUACCCUACAUAGUUAAGCAGUAUAAACAAGAGAAAGUAUAUGCUACAGAAGCCCAGCUCCUUGAUUGCCUUCGGAAGGAAUUUCGAAUGUAUCAGGGAGUAAACGACGUCAGAGCGCUCGAUCUCCUUAUUCAUAAGGUCUUUUAUAAUAGAUUGAGUUAUUUAAUCUAG